GUUUUACCCUCUAACUCUCUCUCCCUUAUCCCUCUCCGCCACUCUUAACAAAUGGCCGGUCUACUCAAAACGCCGUCGUUACACCUAACACCGUCUCUUAUUCACACACCCUCUGUGCCCUUCAAGCCCUUUUGCGUCUCCUUCGCCGGAGGAAGGAACACGAGCUUCUCACUCUCUCGCCGAGCUUCUCUCCGUUCCGUCUCCGGUGGGUAUCCUCUCCGGUUAGUUAGCUUCGUACCCUUUGCGUCUGGAGAUGCCGAGACGACUGAGACGGAGGUGGAAUCUAGCGAACCUGAAGUCCAGGAGACUGAUGGAGUUGAGGAUGAAAAUGCUGGCGCCGAGGAGGAAGAAGCGGUGGUUACCAUAGCAUUGCUGAACUCUUAUAAAGAAGCUUUAGCAGAGAAUAACGAGGAGAAGAUUGCUGAGAUAGAAGCGUCAUUGCAGUCCAUUGAAGAUGAAAAAAUUCAGCUAGAGGAGAAAGUCACUGCUCUAACCAAUGAGUUAGCGGUGGAGAGGGAUCGGCUGAUAAGAAUCAGUGCAGAUUUCGACAACUUCAGGAAGAGGAAUGAGAGGGAGAGGCUAAACCUUGUUUCAAAUGCUCAAGGAGAGGUUGUUGAGAAUCUUUUGGCGGUUUUGGAUAACUUCGAGAGAGCUAAGUCCCAGAUUAAGGUGGAGACUGAGGGAGAAGAGAGAGUCACUAACAGCUACCAGAGCAUAUACAAACAGUUUGUAGAGAUUCUAGGUUCCCUUGGUGUUGUCACUGUGGAGACAGUCGGCAAGCAGUUUGAUCCAAUGCUUCAUGAGGCAAUAAUGAGAGAGGAUUCUGCGGAAUACGAAGAGGGUAUAGUACUUGAAGAAUACAGGAAAGGUUUCUUGCUAGGGGAAAGACUUUUACGUCCUUCCAUGGUGAAGGUGUCAGCUGGACCCGGACCAGAAAAGACAGGUGAAACUGAAGGAGAAGUAGCCACUGCACAAGGAAGUGCAGAAGAAGCAGAAGCAUCUUCAUCUUGAGUGAAAGACAAUUAAGACUAAGCAGUUUUGUGGUGUGCGUGAGAGAGGGAAAAGGGUCUGGUUACCGAUUUAAUUAUGGGCACUGUUGUUGUUGUUAUUUUUACAUAUUAUCAUUUCUACAGUUUUCAGAGAAAAUAGAACAAGAUUUUCUAUUGGUAUUGAUUAUUUUUUUUAAUUUAAUAACUGGAAGAUUAUGGAUUUUGUUAUAUAUAUCAGC